AGCUCCGAGUUCCGGGAGCCUCGGGCCGCGGCCGGGGGGCGCCUCGGCGGGCGCGCCUCCGCUCGGGGCGCGGCCUGCAGGCGCCGCGCCGGCGAUGGGCGACGCGGAGCGGCUGCCCUUCGCGCAGGCGCCCAUGACAGUCUCCGCGCAGGGCUGCCAAUGGAAGCACCAGCGGCAGGACGCGCGCCCCGUCGGGGCCAGGGCCGGCGCACGCCUGCGAGCGCUGUCGGCGCACGUGACGCAGACGCUGCCGUUCUCGGCCAGCGCGGUCGAGGGCUACUUUGACGUGGACGACUACGGGUACCUGGAGCUGAGGCAGAACUCCCAGGUCUACGCGCUGGCCUGCGCCUACAUCGCCACGAGCGGGGAGGUGCACUCAUUCCGGUACAGCCCAGCCGCCGUGGGCAACGAGACCGUUCUGGAUGUGGAGACCACCGACGCGCCCGAGAUACAGCUGACCACGAUCGGCUUGGGCGUGUUUCCCUUCCGCUGGGAGGGCCACGAGCUGUACGCGCUCCACCAGGCCCAGGGCCAGCCGGUCGGUUCCAACGUGGGCGUCGAGAUCUUCACCAGCCUCGUUCUUUUUGCGCCGAAGAGCAAGCAGCAGGUGCUGGGCCAGUUCUGCCACGAGCUCGUGGAAGCAAGCGAGCGCGUCCAAGCAGGCUUCACCAACGUCUUCGAGUGGAACGCGAAUAACCAGUUCUGGCACGCGCGGGUCAUCUGCCCCGUGCGCCCGCUGAGCAGCGUCAUACUCAAGGCCGACAUGCGGGCCCGGCUCCUGGACGACGUGGAGGAGUUCGUGGGCCCGGACGCCCGCCAGUGGUACCGGCAGCACGGCAUCCAGCACAAGCGCGGGUACCUCUUCCACGGGCCGCCUGGCACGGGGAAGACGUCGCUGGUGCAGGCGCUGGCCGGGCACCUGGAGUACAACAUCUGCCAGG